UUAUAUUUCUAUGCUAGAAGGACUGUCCUGUUGUACAUACUAUUUAUUACAAAUCAUUGUAAAUUGCACAUUUAGACGGAGACGUAACGUAAAGAUUUUUACUCCUGACGUAUGCGAAGGAUGAAAGAAAUAAAGCCAAUUCAAUUCAAUGAAUCCAAGGAACACAGGCAUCAUCUAUGGAGAAAAGUACAAUCCACGUUUCGGGCCCAGACCCUCCGGCUGGACCGAUUUUGCGGAAGCUGGAAAUCUAACGCAACAGGAGGAACUUAGCACGUCAGGUAGCAUUUUCUACGGAAGGAAAAACCAGUCAAUGACUUGGUUGAGAGCAUUUACCAGGACUGGAAUGAAACGGGGCAGAAACCAAGAAAUUAUUUGAAGCCAGAACCCACCCUCCGGACGGGUUUGACUGGAUGAGCGCCCACCGGCGGCCGGCCACAUGAUUGGCUAAGCCGGUUGUCAGUCCGAAUGGUUCCCUUGGAUGUACGGACCGCCCACCGGCGGCGGUGAAUGGCGAACAUGGCUGUCAGUCAGUCCUUCGGCUGGGGUCCGGAUGGCUCUGAUUGGAUGUGCUGACCUCCGCCACACCGAACGGUAGAGGGUGUUGAUUGGCGAAGACGGCUGUCAGUCACUCUGUCGGCCGGCGGCGGGACCAUGUCUUCGGGCUCGGCCGCGGCGGUGGAGCGGGAUGGUGGCCCCGUCAUAGAGUGGUUCUGGCACCGCCAGGUUUCCCAGGGCUUGUACCUGAUCCGGGAGCGCUUCUUCGAUGCGGGGAAACGGGCCAACAUCUGGCUGCUGCGCGGUUCGCAGCGGGACCUGGUGGUGGAUGGCGGCCUGGGCCUAAAGGAUCUGGCCGGCUACCUGCACGCCCAUCGCCUCAUCGGCGACAAGCCGGUGAUGGCCGUCGCCACCCACGUCCACUUCGACCACUCGGGCGGCCUGCACCACUUCGAGCGGGUGGCCGUACAUCGCCUUGAGGCCGGCGCCCUGAUGCGGGGCGAUAACUACGAGGCGGUGACCUGGCUGUCGGACGCCGACAUCUCCAGGGCCCCUCGGCCGGGCUGGAAGGCGAACACGUACCGGGUGAAAGCUGUGCAGCCCGCCCGGGUCCUGGAUGAGGGUGACGUUAUUAAUCUUGGAAAUCGUCAGCUCACUGUUCUACACAUGCCUGGUCAUUCCAGAGGUUCCAUCUGCCUUCAUGACCAGGAGAAUCGCACUCUCUUUAGUGGCGAUGUAGUGUACAAUGGAGCACUGAUUGACUGGCUCCCUUACAGUAACGUGAGUGACUACAUCCAAACCUGCAAACGCCUAAUGACGCUGGUGGACAAUGACCUUGUGGAAGAAGUGCUACCUGGCCACUUUGAUUCCUUUGAUGGUGAAAGACUUUACAUCUUGGCCUCAAGUUAUGUUUCUAGUGCAGGAGUGUGCCAUAAAAUGUUGUCGUUUGCUACUCGAGGCAUUGCAAGUGUAGUCCUUUGGUUUAAGAAUUCUCAUAGAUGAUAAGAUACACUUAUAUAAGAUAAGAUCUUAGCACCACUUAACCUUUCAGAUUUAAAUAAAAUUGCUUUGUAAAGAAGUGGAAGUCAAAUGUUACUCAUUCUUAGGGAGUUAAGAUUAAUACUUGCUUAUUGAAGGAACACAGCAGGCCAGGACCUUCGGCCCGAAACGUCGACAGUGCUUCUCCUAUAGAUGCUGCCCGGUCUGCUGUGUUCCACCAGCAUUUUGUGUGCGUUGUUUGAAUUUCCAGCAUCUGCAGAUUUCCUCGUGUUUGCUUAUUGAAGGGUGCUGUUUUAUAAUGCUUCUUGUGGAAGAGUUCAGUCAUGUAACAAUUCUACAAGUAAUUUUGUGAUUAUAUACUUAAAAAGAAUGGAAAUGGAAUAUUAGAUUCAACAAACACACACUUUGUAUUUUAUGAAAGACUGCCUUUGAAGUUUAAUUAUUUAUUUAUCGAGAUACCGUGCAGAAAAGGCCCUUCUGGUCCUUUGAGUCACGCUGCCCAGCAAUGCCCCUAUUUAAUCCUGGCCUAAUCAAGGGACAGUUUACUAUGACUAAUUAACCUAUCAUCUUGGAUGCCUUUGGACUGUGGGAGGAAACCCACAUGGGGAGAAUGUACAAACUCCUUACAAACAGUGGUGGGAAUUGAACCCUAGUCACUGGUGCUGUAAAAUGUUGGGCUAACCACUAUGCUAUUGUGCCACUGACCCAUUAGAGAUGCAAUUACUUCACAGUUUUUAAUCUAGCUGUGUAAUUUUAAAACACUUAAAACAUUUAGUUCGUCAUAUGACAUACAAUUUAAACGUUACCUGAUUUUUGCUGGAAAGAGAACAGUUGGAUUACUUAAAUCAGUGUACCAAUUUUUUCUCCCCCUCUAAACAUACAGAAGGGGGUUGAAAAACCUUUCUUAGUCUUUUAUUGAUGAUGAGAAGCAGUUAAAAAUUAUCUCUUCGAAUCUGUAUAUGAUGACGAAGAAGGAAAAUUGUGUUCCUGCUUGAAUAGUUCACAUCUUUGUGAAUUUCCCAAUUGCUCAGCUAACAGGACUAACCUUAUGAUAAAGCACCCGUGUUUCAGGAUGUUAAUUUCUUUUCUGUAGAUAAAUUAAGUUCUGUCACUUAAUUAAAAUAACUAUUCUCUGUUGAAAAAUUUAUCUCCAGUUGAAGUCGAUGAGCAAAUGAACACGAGGAAAUAGCAACACUUCUCCUAUCACUUGUACUGGGGUGCAGGCCACCGACAGUAGCUUGCCAGAGUCCUCUGUCCUGAGCCAAUCUUCCACAUUAUCUCCAUCUCGUGGUGUACCUUUCCUUUCCCAGAGAUGAGGCUUUUGCAGCUUCCGUUGGUGUUUCUGUAGCUCUGGGUUUUUACAGUUUGGGUUGCUAGCCCCAUGCUCAACACACCUCCUUUCGUAGCCAGCUUGGGCAGUCCCCGAGGAGUUAGGAAAUAGUAUGGUGUAAAAUGAGGAUCUAUACAAAUUCCAUCAGAAAGCUUGGCAACUUUUAAAAUCAAUUAACUUGUAUAUCUACAGUUGGGUCAGACGUUAGUGCUUUUUAAUGUAAAAAUGUGUUCAGGGCAAUUUCAGGGCAGGGUCAUGGGCUGAGCAAGGAUUAGGGGUGAGCUGAUCAUUCGGUCCAAUAGUCUGAAGCAAGGGUUCCCAAACAGGGUCCAUAGACCCCUUGGUUAAUGGUAAGGCUCCAUGGCAUAAAAAUUAGGAACUCCUGAUCACUCUGAAGGAUGCCAAGACCUUGUCUAGCUGAGAGUCAGCCUGGAAGGGUUUUCUGUGGAACAUGAUGAGGAUAUGUAUAGUGGAGUUUUGUAUCGAUCACUGUUCUCCUGUGUGCUUCACAGUCCUUUGUCUUUGGUGAUGAUAUUCUGGAGAGCCUCUCACUAUUGUCAAGUGAUAGCAUAGGUACUAUCCAAGAGAAAACCAUUAUGAAAUGUCUAAAUAGGAUAGUUUGCAUAAGAGCAAGUCUUGCAGCCGGUGUUAGAAUUAAUGGGAAUAGUAGUUAAUAGUAAUAUAAUUGCACAUUAAAAUAGUGGAUACAAUGUUGCAAUUAAUUAUUUUGUUACUGACAGGAAUUUAUUCAAAAACUUGAAUGAAUUUUGUUUUUAUCUGUGGCAAGAGGCCUUUGCUUAUGUAUUUGCAUAUAACUGAGAGCUUAAAUCGGUAAAUAGGGUAAACUUGAAAUAGGUAAUUGAACUGGGGCAUCCCCUUUAGUUAGGAACAUUUAAGCAAGGUCUAGUUAACAUUCUACAGUGUCAGGAAACACAACAGGGCCUCCAUGCACUUCUAAGUUCAAAGUAAAUUUAUUAUCAUAGUCACUAUAUACAACACAGAGAUUCAUUUUCCUGGGGACAUGCUCAAUAAAUUAUAGAAUAAUAACCAAAAGGGAAUCAAUGAAAGACUGUCCAACUUAGUUUAAUCGACAAACACCCUGGUAAGACACUUUGCAAAGUCUUACUGAAAUGGUAUGAACCUUCCUCAUACUGUUUUACCUGCUGGACUGUGUAAGCAGUAUCGGAGAUCCAGGAAAGUGAAGUUUCAUGCACUUAUUUAUCUUUGUAAAGAAGAAAGUGUUACAAUGUAUUGUCAACAUCUUCACCUGUCUUCUAAAAUACUCUUCUGGUUAUAACAUGAGAGAGCAACAUUGUGUGAGGUGUGUUUUGAGUUUCUAGUAUAGAAUAAAAUAUGGGAAAUAAAUAAUGAUUUAAUUCUUAUGUUGAGCAAGAAAAAUGAAACAGAAUCCACAGGUGGUAGUUUAUAUGUUCGAUCUUGAUUAAUUUGUUACAUCUGUAGUGAAUAUGAAUACCAAUGAAAACAAGCAUAUUGCCAAUAAAACAUGUUUAGUAGUUUGUAGGGGAUUCAUGUUAAAAGUUAACUUUUGCAUCAAGCUUUUAAAAAAACUAACUAUAAUCCAAUUACAUUUUGAAAUUCUGGAAUAAACAGAACACAAUCAUAGAAGUCACAGGUCAGUUUACUUCCAGCUCAUGUGAUUGUUCUAAUUCAAGGUCUUUGUUACCUUAUUUUGGGAAUGAAUCAUUUCACAGUCCUUCAUCACUGUACAUCCUGCACAUCCAUUAUAUCAGUAUUUAAAAUAAGUGCAUUCAAAAGAUUAACAGUAUUCCUGAUGACGUGUUUUGAUUUGACACAGGCAACAAUUUAGCUGAUACAUUUAUAUUGCAUGGGAGUUCCUUCAAGACAACAGGAAAUAAAAAGUACCUCCAUUUAAAUGAGUUAGAAUGAAACCUGCCAGACAGUUACACUACUUGUGUUAAUCAAGGUAUUAUGGGACAUUCAGAGGUGCCCAAUUUCUAAAUUUGUUUCACUUUUAUAGUUUAUAUCACUGUAUCUGCAUAAUAAUUUUCCAAAUUUCUUGUGUGAUUUUACUCAAUUCUCCCCCUUUGUAGUUGUAUUUGACUGGCAUAUCAGAAAAGCUGAGAAAAUAUAUAAAAUAUACAUGAAACACAUCUAUAGUAAAAUAAGUUCUGAAGAUGCUCCUUUCUUUUCUGUCAACAGAUGUUUAGACUUGUUUCUGUCAGGGCAUGAGCCAAUUCUGAUUUUUUUAAAAAAAAAAGCAGCAACUAUAUAUGCAUCCCAGUGGUAAAUUGUUUUAAGACCCUGUCAAAUAAUAAUUUAUUGUAACCAGCUUACAUCUGAGCUUCACUUUGUAUCCUCUGUGGUGCUAUCAUCGUCUGUGGUUUGGGAUUUCGUUCUUCAGUAAGGAUUGGGGGAAAAAGUGUUAUUUAUUUUAAAUAUUGAGGUUUUUGAUACAAAAUGCAUUUGCAAGAUUAUAAAGAAGGCAUCAGCAUAAAAGACAAUUGAUAAUGAGUUUUUAAAAUUCUCCAGUGACUAAAAUAAUUUGAGUAUUAAUAAUCUGUAUGGAUACCUCACACCCAGCCAGGUUCAUGGUAGUCGGUGUCUGGCAACGGACUCCCCUGUGCUUGAGAACUGAAGGAAAACGUAAACAAAGUCACAGCAACUUGUCAGUUGAGCUAUGCGUCUUUUUCACACACAUUCAAGUAUGUAGCUCAGCAAGGUGUAGCUGAUGGUAUAAUUCAAGCAAUCACAGGUAUAAUGUUCAUAUUGGCACGUGAAUGGAAAGUUGUUAGGAUUUAUAUUUUUGGCAGCCUUAGCAAUUAAACGUGUGGUUUAAGCCAAGCAAGGCAAUCCACUGCUAGGGGGAAAUAUAAAAUAUUUGUGACUUUGCUAAUUGAGGUUAAAUUAUACUAAUCAAUUCACUUGGUUUAAACAUUGCAGUUGUAUGUCUUAUUGCUGUGAAAUAAAUCACUAAUUUUUUCUA